UUGACCUGCCCGGCGCUACAAGGCGCGUGGCGAAAAUGGAACUGUGCGGGCGAGCACCGCGAGAUUGGCAAAGAGUGACGCAACGACUAGAAAAGCCAAAGGACUGCCUUACAGACGACUUUCUUGGAGGAGAAACGACCUUACAACAAAAUUGUAGGCUGAUUGAUAGGUACUUCCUUUACAACAAAAGAACAGAAUGUAUGUUAGAAAGAAGCCUGUGUAAUAUUUCUUUCAUCACACCAGCUGACACU